AACUCUAUUUUUUUACCUUUCAGUUGAAUAAUAUGAAGAACUUGAUCAAUAUUUGUAAUAUUUGUACUAAACUAAUAUAAAUAAAUAUAAUGCUACUUACCAUAAUAGUCCUAGUGUCCUUAAAAAAUAGCCAGGCUGUUCUGACUGAAGUUACAAACACGUCGAAAGGACUUGUCCAAGGUAAGAUCUUUAAAACCGUCGGAGAAGAGUUGGAGUAUUCGAUUUACUUCGGAAUUCCUUUUGCAAAGCCGCCUGUUAAUCAGCUGAGAUUUAAGCCUCCUGAAGAAGCUGAGCCUUGGAAUGGCGUUCGAGACGCCACAAAGGAACCUAACCUUUGUCCUCAGAAAAAUCCAUUUAAAAAUUAUACUUAUGAUGGUGAUGAGGACUGUCUUUAUCUAAACCUUUAUACUCCAAAAAUAAAUUCAACAGACACUACCAAACGAGCCGUAAUGGUUUGGAUCUACGCCGGAGCGUUUGUAUUCGGUUCAAUCAGCCCGAACGCUUACGGCCCAGAUUUCCUCAUUGAAGAAGACGUAGUAGUUGUCAUGCCGAACCAUCGCCUAGGAGCUCUUGGUUUUCUGUCCUUGAACCACGAAAACGCAAGUGGAAACGCUGGCCUUAAAGAUUUGGUCUUUGUGCUACGUUGGAUCCAAGAAAACAUCGAAAACUUUGGCGGGGAUCCUGAAAGGGUUACAGUUUUCGGUGAUAGCUCUGGAUCUGCUGUAGUAGGCUAUUUAGUACUUUCUGAUUUAGCAACAGGUCUCUUUCAUUCUGCAAUCAGCAUGAGCGGAGUUCCUUUGAAUAUCUGGGCAUAUGAGCCGCCAAUAAUCGCUCAGCUCCGUGCAUUUAUGCUUGGAUUUUCUUUGGGAAUCUUCACUUUGAAUAAAGAUAAUCUUCUGGAACAACUCCAGAACAAAUCUGCUGAAGAUAUCAUUAAGGCGACUAAAUCAUUAUUACCCAUAGAUGUCCUAUCAUUUACGCCAACAACAGAGAACCCUACAAUAUCACCAAUGCCCUUCCUUACCGACUGUGCGCUUGAAAAGUACAAAUCUGGUAAUUUCAACCAAGUACCUCAAAUAAUUGGAUUUGUUGAUUCCGAAUUUUUAUCAUUUGUGGCAGAAAGCGUACAAUUACCAAUGAUAAACAUGAUCCUCGACGGCCUAUUUGACCUUCCGUUGCUCCGCGAGGUUAAGAACAUCAACCUGAUCUCCAGUUUAGCCAACUGGAUAGUCGGAAAACUCGGAGGGUUGGUAGACAACACCAUCUACGGCGUCAGUAACAUAACCUCCGACUUGUUGAUGAUUUUCGAGGUCGACCGGACCCAGAGAUACUUAACCACCGCUAGCGACGUCCCUGUUUAUUAUUACCGCAAUUCCUUCGACCACCGCAAUUCUAGGCACAGGGCCAUGGGAUACGACCUAGAUGGCACUGCGCAUGCUGAUGACGUCCACCAGAUCUUCUGGCCCACGCUUCCUAACUUCAAGCUUCCUUUGAAUGAUAGUCGUUUGACUACUCAAAGGCAGCGGAUGGUUAGGAUGUGGUCCAACUUUGCUAAAUACAGAGAUCCAACGCCAAACGGAACAAUGGAUCCGCUUCUAAACAUCACUUGGCCGCCAUCUACCGUCGCAGGAACUUGCCUUGAAAUCAACACAACCUACUCUAUCGGCCCUCGGCCAGUAGGAUUACUAGUUGAUGGAUUGGAGACGGUUCUUUACCCUCUACUAGGUUUAUUCAAAGGAUGCUUCCAAAAAACUGGUAUUUAUCAUAAGUAUGUACUUUGUUCGUCAAAUGUAAAGCAGGCUAUAAAAGCGCUAGUCUAUCGUUGGUUGUUAAUUUUAAAAAAACACGUGUUUAAAAUGAAGCUCCUAGUUAAACUUAUCAUUUAUAUUUCCAUGUUUAACACAUCCGUUUUUGCACAAUUUUCUCGGAGUUCUUUUAGAGAAUUCCUUCAGGAGCAUUUUCCUUGGGGAUAUCCUUUCUUUGCUAUGAAUUUAACGAUGUCAGUGAUGACUACCAAAGGAUUUGUCCAGGGAAAGUUGUUAUCGACAGUCGGUAAGGGCGUGAGGUACUCCAGUUUCUUGGGAAUCCCCUUUGCGCAGCCGCCUGUUGGCAGUCUGAGAUUUAAGCCGCCUCAAGAAGCAAAUUCAUGGGGAGGAUUGUACCCAGCUUUGGAACAAAAAAAUGACUGCCCACAGUUGGAAGUAGCCACUGGCGCCAUCGUCGGUAAAGAAGACUGUCUUUAUUUAAAUGUCUACACCCCGAAGGUCAGCAUAACGGACAUGAAGAAGCGUGCGGUGAUGGUUUGGAUCUUCGGAGGAGGUUUUGUAAGUGGUUCCAGCAACCCUAAGACUUAUGGCCCGGAUUUUCUGAUCGAGGAAGAUGUAGUAGUUGUUGCGAUGAACUACCGCUUGGGAGCGCUGGGGUUCCUGUCCUUGAACCACACUAACGCUACGGGAAAUGCUGGACUCAAGGACCAGAAGAUGGCGCUGGAGUGGGUGCAGAAGGAGAUCGAGAGCUUCGGAGGGGAUCCGAAGAAGGUUACUGUUUUUGGACAAAGCGCGGGAAGUGCUAGUACUUUGUACCAGGUUCUUUCAGAGGCAUCUAGUGGACUGUUUAGGUCCGCCAUUGCUAUGAGUGGGUCGCCAUUGAAUCACUGGGCAUUCACGCCACCUUCAGAAGCUGUGGCUCGCGCUUUUACUUUUGGAAGAAGCCUUGGAGUCGAUACUACAGACCCGGAGGUUCUUUUAAAGAAGCUUUAUAGUUCUUCUGCCGAAGAACUUGUCCUAGCGAUGACUAAGAGUACUAACAUCUUUGUGCCGUAUUUGUUGCCAACCCUCGAAGAUCCCAAAGCAGAGUCACCAUUUUUGACGCAAUGCUCAGUCGAUAAGCUAAAAACCAACAAUUUUAACCAGGUGUCGGUAAUGUUAGGAUUUACUAACCUAGAAACGUUGUUCUACAUUGGAAACAAAAAACUUGCACGAGAUGGAAUUAUCAGCGUUGCCCUUGAAAUCGUCAAAAAUAUCCCAGAGCUGCAGGAUACCGAACAAGUUAAAUUUCUCGAAGAAAUUCAAGCUCGGAGUAAAAACAAUGAGACUUUUUCUAAUGAUGAAAUCUACAAGAUAUGUAACAUCACAACCGACAUACUGUAUUACAAUGAAAUAGACCUAACUCGGCAGCUUUUAGCUUCUAAGGUUCCAGUUUACUUCUAUCGGAACUCAUUUGACUACCCUCAAGCUCUGCAUAGAGUAAUGGGGAACAAUAUCAACGGCACUGGGCAUGCAGAUGAUGUUCUGCACGUCUUUUGGGCAUCUAACCUAAACCAGCCGCUUGACCCCAAGAGUGACAUCGGGAUCCAGCGGAUGAAAAUGGUCAAAAUGUGGACCAAUUUUGCGAAAUAUGGCAAUCCAACGCCUGGGGAUCUUGACCCGGUUUUGAAGAUAAAAUGGCCGCUUACGGAUUCAGAAGGGACUUACUUGGAAAUAGACAACGAUUACACCGUGGAAAAGCAACCGGUUGAUGAUUUUGUGGGAUAUUUGCAACGUGUAAUUGAACCUUUACUGGGUGAACAAAAUGGAUGCCGUGCUACGUAACUAGUCUUGGAACUAAGACACAGUGCCCUCUAGCGGAUGAAAUUGAAUUUAAAAUUUUGUCCGGAGAUCUUUAAAAUCAUUUUGUUUUGUGGGAAGGGGAAGGAUUUGUGAUAAAAGACUAA